GACACACACAGGAACCUGUUGGAGUCAUUUGGACUCACCCCUUCAGGAAUAGGAGAGAAAAAAAAAAACAGAUGAAGCAGGAUGAUUCAGACUUUUACUACAGGGGGCUGAUGAUCAGGUGUGACCUUUGACCCCUCACCUUCAGAGCCGUCUACCUGAGGUGGUGGGGCCCAAGGAGCCCAGGGUUGUCAAAAUGGCAGCGACCUCAUCCCUGCUCAGCCGAGGUCUGGGUCUGGUCUUGGUGGAGUUUCAGUAUGAGUACAAGGGACGGGACGGGGAGCUGGUCUCCAUCAAACCAAAUGAACGCUACGUCCUGCUAGCAAAGACCAACGACCACUGGUGGCAGGUCCGGAAGGACAACAACUCCAAACCCUUCUAUAUCCCCGCCAAGUACGUCAAGGAGCUCCCGGCGGACUUCCCCUCACCUCUGGACUUUGCUGAUCCACCCAGUCUUGAACCUGUGCUGCAUCCUGUGGCAGCUCCAGUCCCCGUCCCUGUACCUGUCCCGGUCCCGGUUCCAAAGCCUGUGGAGGACUCGAGCACAAACAAAACUAAACCGGGGGACGAGGUGACGAUCCGGCUGAGGCCUGACACCGCCACCAGACACCACAAAAAUGAGAACCGCAUGUCCACAUUUGGUGUACCGCUGGACUUCCAUGACAUACCUGUGCCGAACCAGAAGCAUCCCAGCAACCCUCCUCCGGGUCCUGCAGACGCCGGAUCCACAGCAGGGACUACAAGCAUUUUAGAUAGCAAAAAGCACCCACACCUCUCAGCGCUCCUGGACGACCACAGGGAUGCGCAGAAACCUCGAGUUCCCAGCUUCAGUCCAGCUGACCCGGUCUCCACACCUCGGCCCCAGACCCAGCCCAUACCCGUGGAGACGCCGGUAGUCCCCCCGCACAACAACCUCCACAACACACCCUCACCGUCCAUAGGUCACCAUAACGACCGGGAGUCUCCCAUAGAGCCGGAGGAGGAGGAGGAGGUUGCGGUGGAGGAAGAGUCGAGCGUAGAGGAGAGCGUGGAGGAGGGCGACUCAGUGAAGGACCAAGAAUCAAACCACAUCUACGAGUCCAUCCAGGACCUGAACCUGGACGUGGAGGCUCUGGUUGGAGGAAAAGUGAGUCCAGGAUCUCCACCUGAAUCUGAACCUGAACCUGCACCCGAACCUGCACCUGCACCGCCCCCGAGACAGGAUCACAGCUCUCUCGGCCCCAGCUCACCUAUCUACGCCAACGUCUCCUCUCUGAAGAAAACGCCUCAGAUAUCCGCCUCUGGCCCCUCCCCGCUGUCGUCGCCACCGUCUGACCCGGCCCCCUCCAUGUCUUCGGGCUCCUCCUGCUCCAGCUUGAUAAGCCCCGUCUCCCCAGUGAGCCCGCAGGAUGAAUGGCAGGUGCACACCGACAAGGGCAGCGGGAGGGUGUUUUAUUAUAACCCCGUGACCAAAAAGACCACCUGGUCCGACCCCCGCCUCCCUCAAUCCCCGGCGUCGGGAAGCGCCGACCAGUCCAGGGGGAGGGAAGGUGGACAGCCGAUCUCAACCUCCCCUCUGCUCUCCCCCGCCUCCUCUCAGGGUUCUUGCGGCUGGAAACAGCUGACGGACGAAGUCUCAGGGAGAUUUUACUACCACAACCCCACCACAGGGGAUGUAUCCUGGACUGCACCGGAGCCGCUCUCCCCGUCAUCACCCCCCGGAUCUACAACUUACAGGAGGCAGGACAGCAGCCCGCCUCCGCUGCCAGAGGAAGAUUAUCCUGUCGACCAAGACGGUGACAGCACUGACGUCCUCUUUACAGCGCAUCCUCAGCAGCAUGUGGGUCCGAUACCUAGAGCUCAUCUGGACCUGAAGGACGCGAACAGCUCCCAGCCGAAGCAACAGGAGGGGCCAAUGGGCAAUGGAGUCUCCGAGGAGGGAACUGUGCUGCAGAUCAAGAACUGGAGGCACAGCCUAGCCGAAGACACGUUUGCUCCGAGCCACAGAAGGAACAUCUCUGACCUCACUGAGGUGACCAACAGAAGACACUCCCCCGACAGUCCGCAGCUUUCUGAUAGGUUCAAACUGAAGAGGAAUCGGUCCAAUCCGUCAGCACCCCCCCGUCCGCAGCAUGGACACCUGCUGGAGAAAGCAGGAAUCAUCAAUAAGACCAAAGUGGCUGAUAAUGGCAAGAAGAUCAGGAAGAACUGGAGUCAGUCCUGGACGGUCCUCCAUGGAGGGAUCCUUACGUUCCACAAAGACCCCAAAUCUGCUCCGACUGGAAGCGCUAUGAAGGCAUCACAGAUUGUCCCAGAGUACACCGUCGAGCUCAGAGGCUCCUCGGUGGGCUGGGCCUCCAAAGACAAGUCUUCUAAGAGGAACGUUCUGGAGCUGAAGACUCGACAGGGCUGUGAGUAUCUGAUGCAGUACGACACAGAGAGCAUCAUCUGCGACUGGCUCAAAGUGAUACAGGACACCAUCAAGAAACUGGAACAGGAACAUCUGUCAGACGACGAGGACGACGGUGCUUCAGACAAAGAGGACAAAGACAGGAAGAGGACGUCGACCAGGAAUACAUCAGGAACAGACUCUGAGCAGAGACGAGUUCGAACCAAACUGCGACGCUUCCUUCAGCGGAGGCCGACCCUGCAGAGUGUGAAAGAGAAGGGAUACAUCAGAGACAAUGUGUUUGGCUGUCAUCUGGACACACUCUGCCACAGAGAAAACACCACCAUUCCCAAAUUUAUUGAGAAGUGCAUCAGAACAGUGGAGAGGAGAGGUCUGGAUGUUGAUGGGAUCUAUAGAGUGAGCGGAAACCUGGCUGUGAUACAGAAACUGCGACACAAAGCUGAUCAUGAGGAGCACUUGGACCUGGAGGAUGGACAGUGGGAGGAGAUCCAUGUGAUCACUGGAGCUCUGAAGCUUUUCCUGCGGGAGCUUCCAGAACCGCUGUUUCCAUUCAGCUGCUUUGAGAAGUUCAUCGCUGCCAUCCAAGUCCCAGACUACAACCUGAGAGUGUCCUACAUGAAGGAUCUGGUUCAAGGUCUGCCUCUGCCAAACCAUGACACCAUGGAGCUGCUGUUUAAACACCUGCGCAAGGUGAUAGAGCACAAAGACUCUAAUAGGAUGUCGGUUCAGAGUGUCGCCAUUGUGUUUGGACCCACGCUGCUUCGCCCCCAGACGGAGUCAGCCAACAUGACGAUCCACAUGGUCUUCCAGAGCCAGAUAGUGGAGCUCAUGCUCAAUGAGUUCCAGACUGUUUUCUCUAGCUGAAGCUCCUCUAUAGCCUUCAAGAACCCUUUAAGGAACAUCAUGGAAGCUGCCAACAAUCUUCAAAGACCCUCAGAAACUGUGGAUGUAACAUUUCCUCUUUUCCAGCUUAAGCUUAGUUGGGAUUGAACUGGAACCAACUGGCAACCAGAUGAUGAUAGCUAUAUCUGAACCAAGUAGAACCUGAGUGGAACCACUGAAACCCUUAACUGGUUCUGAAGACCCUGACAUCAGCUUUAAUGCAAAAUAACAGAGGGAAUAUAUUUUCUUGGCACCUUAAAAACCACCAAACAUCUCAACAUGAACAAAAACUCUUCUUCACAAGAAAAUGCAAGUUCGGGCAGAUUCAGCGUAGAGUGUAGCAGGUUGGUCACACCACACCCUUUCUAACCACUGUGGCUGAAAUGAUCCCUGUUGAACUCGAAUGAAACCCUCUUGAACCCUGGAUUAUUUUUCAAAAGCAUCUUCACUUUCAUGUACCUGGCACAUUAAAUUUCCUAAAUCCAGUUCCUAAUCCAAUAAUUUCCAGUUUAUUCUUGAGGAUUAUAAAACCCGGAACCAAAACAACAUCUCCGGGGUUCAAAUAUGAUGAGCUGUGCUGGAGCCAAAGCAGCACCUUCACUUUGUUUUCAAGUCAAUACACCAAAGAGAACACAGCUACAGGGCAUCUCAGUAAAAUCCAAACCAAAUGUGUGGGAGCUCUCCCAAAGGUUUGGAACCUCAAUGUCACUCUUUUCUCCUCUUGAUUUUUCAUCUUACACACAUGUUUCAGCAACUUUACCGAGCCUUAAAUGACCCAAGUUUAAGUGGAGUCACCUUGAACUGAUUCUAGGAUCUGAAAUCCUUAGACACAGACAUGACAAGCUGCAAUGAAGCAACAGAACAAUCUUUAAACUGCAUCCAACUUUACAAAAUAAAACUUUAAAACACUCCUCAUGACAUUUAGACCUCCACUUCACGCCAGUCUCCAGGAUCCUAACUCUGUUCAAGACAUGACAAGUCUUGCAUCUGGAUUCUCAGGAGCUCACACCAAACAGGAUUUGCACAUUUUCCAUGGAAAGACUUAAGAGAAUGAAAGGAAGUAUUUGAAAUAAACAUGGACGCUUACUCACAGCUGGAAAACAAAAAAAAAGACUCACAAAUGGAUACUGAUGCCAAUCUAUCAGCUAUUGUCAGUUCACCUGAUAGAGGAUUGUGUUGUUUAGUUGGGUAUAUAACACUUACCUUGAUCAGAAUGGUCAAUAUGAUUUAUUACAGUUGCCUAUCUUUAAUGAAGAAAACCUUCAUGACGUGGAUUCUCUACAGUCGGUAGGAGAAAUCUACCUGCUUAGAUCUAACUCCCAAGUAAUGUGUUGGAAAACACAGAAGAAAAAAAAAACAAAAACAGAAACAUAGUUAAUUUACAGUAUUGACCCUGAGCCCAUGUUUUAUGUAUGGUUGAAAUGAACAAGACCUUCAUCUCAUUAAACACUGGAUCAGACUUCGUAUUGGUGACAUGAUGAUGUUGUCAGACAUGUACAGAGGUACAGUAACAAGCCACGUGUUGAAGAAAAGGUAUGAAUCACUACUUCAGUGGAUGGAGAUGAAAUCAGAUCAAAGAGGAACCAUCACUUUUAUCACCGCAGUUCCACAGUUUGACUACCAAGAGAAAUGAGAUUUAUUUAGUGUUAAAGACUUUGAACCCUAAUAAGAUGUAAUAGACAGAUCAGUGGAUCCAGGAUGUUUCCCUGAGGAACUCCACAACCUACUCUGACAGAGAAAAGGAGAUUUACAGAAGUGUUUUAAGGAAUUCAUUUUACAAGAAUAUUUUUACAGUAUGUUUCCUGCUGUAACAGUGAAUUAAGCAUCUGUACAAUGCUGUAUGUUUUAUAGUGUUGAGUUUAUACUGUAUGCACACAGAACAAAGAUAACAGAAUAAUUUCUGUAUAUAAGAGGGUAUUUUACUGUUAUUAAAAAUAAAACUGACCUUUAAGACUUUG